AUGUCCCUCUCCUCGCCGCCGCUGCUGUUGCGGCCUGCGGGGCUGGUUGGGCCCUCGCUCCGGAAGGGGUUGGGUGGCCGCCGCUGCCACGGGAACUCGUGCGGCGCGGCGCGGCGCGGCAGUCCCGUCACGGCGUGGGGUGGCCGCGGACUGCGCUGUCCUGGCGGCAGGUUUAGGGGCCGCCUCCGCCAGAUCCAGAUGGGGGUGCCGUCCAUGGUGGUGGCUAAGCGGCCUAUGGUCGGCCUGGGAGGUUUGGAAGCCGGGCAUGGGCGUCGGAGUGCUCGUGGAUUUUGCCCAGGGGAGUCAGCAGGCGGGCGGCGGUGGCGGCGAGCCGGCGACCAGCGGAAACGGCGGAGCAGCGGCAAGCAGCGAGCGGCAUCGGAGCAUGAUGCAGAGUGCAGACCAGGAAUCCACUCGCAGAUGAAGAAGAAGGGUGCUGCUAGCAGUAGCCUAUUUAUAUUGUGGGAAAAAGCAUCAAAAGCAAAAAAGACAGAUGCAAAGUUAUACUGUAAUAUCAUCAAUUCUUCACCCAAGAGUCAAAAGCUCCAAGCAUUGGGCGUGAAGCUUAAAACCCUCUGGGAAUUUCACAACACCCCUCCAAAAGAGAUCGUCAAAUUUGCUGAGGUUCUCAUAUGUGUCGAUGCAGUGUCAGCUAGUGAAAUGUCUGGGGAAAAGUCACUUUCACUGGGUGCAAUAACCAAGGUGACUGAGGAGAUUGCUUAUUUAGAGAACCGUAAGGCUAUCAAGCUUAAGAAUAAGUACCUAAAUAAAAGGAACAAGCUGUUAAAGAUGAUACAGGAGAACCAUCAGUUUCCUGCAGAAUUUAACUACGAUCCACAAAAAAAAGUGACAUCUGAUUUUCCUGAGGAAGUAGCAAAGCUGAAACCUAUAAUGGAACGAGUUAAAGUGCAAGCUCUUGACAGAAAAGAAAUCGUGAUGCGCACCGAAGUGGUACUUGAGUCAGUGAAGCAGCCCUCGUGUGCGAAGACAACCGAAAGACUUCUUCGAGCUUUGAAAGACAGGGUCGCGAAUGAAGCUGAGUUCCUAUUUGACGGCAAGGAUAUCAAGGUUGUACUGAAUGAGAUUCAAGUUGAAACAAAACCAGAAAACUCCAAGCUGCCACUAGAAAAGAGAGCAAGUUCCCGGUUGAGGGAUCAUCAAAACACCAAGGAAGUUACGGUUGAGUUACCUGACUUGCCUCCCACUCCUUAUCCUUCUGGAGUUCGUAGUGGGCAUAGGAGCCAGCGCAAUCUGACAUGGGGACACAAGCCCAGCAAGUGAAUGUUUUGCAUCCCUGAGAACCAACCGGCGGCAGUGCAAGUCCAGAUGAGCACCAACUCCAGCCAAGAUGAGAAGGAUGGUUUAAGCUUCGUUUACUUGUACAUGAAGAGCCUCUUAAGUCAAUGUACAUGAAGAACCUCUUAAGUCAAUAGGCCCGUGAUCGACAAUGUAACAAUCUAGCAAACAGUUUUUGCUAUCGGUGAGGGUAACAAUCUAGCAUAGAGUUUUUUUUGCUAUGGUUGAGAGUUGAAUAGGCAAUCGCAUGUUUCCUGUCGCUUAACCUAGGAAACAGAGGUUUCAAACCAAACCUUUUACCUGUGCAAUCUUCUAAGUUUUCAACUAUUCUAUGUUAUUAA